UCUCUGCAGCUGAAGAAGCUGGAUCAGGCCGUGUCCGCUGCUCACACCUUCUUCGUCGCUAAUCCCCAGCACCUCCAAAUGCGGGAGGACAUAGAGAAGUACCGGCGUAUGUCAGGGGUGAAGUCGGACAACUUCCGAGACUUGGAGGCCACGCCGCACUGGGAAGCAUAUGAGGCUGGGGUGCAGCACUACGAUGCAGAUGAGUACGUGCAGGCUGUGGCCAGGCUGGAGGAGUCACUCACAGAGGCGCUGUCAGCGCUGGAAGAGUGUCGUGCCCUGUGUGAAGGGCCUUGGGAGGGUGAGGACGAGGAGGAGGAGGAGGAGAUGCAACCUGGCCUGUACGAAGCCAUUGCAGCCCAUUAUAUUCAGGUUUUGAAGUGCAGACAGCAGUGUGUCCUUGAAAUUGCCACAAAGCCAGGGCGGAUUUCUGCCACAGAAGAUUUCAUACCCUCUCAUCUUGAUUUACUGCAGUUUGCCUACGAUCAAGAGGAUCAAGAGAAGCAAAAGCAGGAAACUCUGGAUGUGGAAGAGGGGGAGAAGAGGGGUCCUUUGCCUUUUGAGGGUAUUGCUGUCACGAUGGAUUCCCGCCGGAUGAAUGGAACCCAGAGGGUUGUGUUUGACAGGGUGCUGACGGAGUCUGAGUGUAAGGACCUUCUCCGGCUGACAAAGGCAGCAGGAGAAGCAGGAGAUGGCUACCGGGCAAGACGGUCGCCUCACACCCCACAUGAGAGAUUUGAAGGAUUAACCAUUUUGAAGGCCAUGCAGCUGGCCCAGAAUGGGGACGUGGACUGGAGAGACGCCAAAUUGCUUCUGCAGGCCAGUGAGAAAUCGCGGAAAAUCAUAGAGUCCUAUUUUACUCCUGGAAAGAAACUCCAUUUCUCGUUCACGCACCUUGUGUGCCGCACGGCUGUGGAUGAGAAACAGGAAGGUCGCAUGGAUCUUAGUCAUCCUGUCCAUGCUGAUAAUUGUCUCUUGGAUCCUGAGGGGCAAGAGUGCUGGAAAGAACCACCUGCCUACGUGUACAGGGACUACAGUGGCAUUCUCUACCUCAAUGAUGACUUCCAAGGUGGGGGGCUUUUCUUCACUGAAAUGGACACUGUGACUGUCACAGCCGAGGUGCAUCCUAAGUGUGGGAGGCUGGUAGCCUUCAGCUCCGGCAAGGAGAACCCCCACGGUGUGUGGGCGGUGAGCCGUGGGAGGCGCUGCGCCAUCGCUCUCUGGUACACGCACUCCCAGGAGCAUGCUGAGCAGGAGCGGGUGAAGGCAGAGAAGCUGAUGGAGCAGAGGGCUGUGGAGCAGAACCGGCCUGAUGGAGAAGAUCACGGCAGCAGAUCCUCCUCAGAGUUUCCCGUUCCCAGCGGUGGAGCAAGGCCCACGAGCCGAAGACACAAACCUGGCUCAGACAGGACGCAGCACCCCAAGGAGCUGCGGGCCAGAGAUGAGUUCUGAGUAUGUGGGGCCCUGGGGGCAGGACUGGCACACACCAUGGCCUGGCAGGUCUUGGUAGCACUGGGACCACAGAGGCCUGGAGUAGUGUAUUAGCAUGCUAGAGCCGUAGUGAUGGGGAGGGAUGCAG